AAACUUACCGGUCAGACCCAGCUGACGUGUUACCCAGCAGGGGCGUGGCCUGGCCCCCAGCUGACGCGCUGAUCGGCGCAGGAUCCGGUGAUCAAUGGCUCUCUUGUCCCCGGGGAGCCCAAGCAGCCUGCAGAAACAGGCCAUGGAGGAAGAAUUCCAGUUCCUGCUCUGCCAGGGGUGCCACAAAGAGCCCAGGAGUCCCAAGCUCCUGUCCUGCCUUCACACCUUGUGCAUCGACUGCCUGGAGGAGAACAAGCCGGUGGGCCAGUGCCCCAUCUGCCAGGCUCCCAUCCCACAAGCCAGCGGGAUCCCAGACCAGGACAACCUGCUCUUCGCCAACCUGCAGGCCAAGCUCCGCACCUACCAGAAGAUCCGCAGCGGCAGCGGCCUGGUCUGUGACCGCUGCAGGGAGCCGGCUGAGUUCUGGUGCGCGGAGUGCGAGGAGUUCUUUUGCAUCAGAUGCUUCGAGGCCCACCAGUGGUUCUUGAAGAAGACAAGCCAUGAAACCAGGAGGGUGAGUGAGCUGAAGGCAGAAUCUGCCAAACAGUUCGUGGAGGGAGCAAGGAAGUCCAGCAUCCUCUUCUGUUCCAACCCCACCCACAAUAACCAGAACUACAUUACCAGGUAAGAAUAUCAGUCUGCUACGGCUCAUCCCCAGACAGUUGUGAAUACAUGGAAAAGGCGGA